AUGGCGACUGAAAUCCCCGCCUCGUUGAAGGAGUCUGUUGACAAUUCCAAAUGCGAAUAUCGUAGAUUGGGUAAGAGUGGCCUGAGAAUCUCGGUUCCUAUUCUUGGCUGCAUGAGCUUUGGUGACCCUAAAUCCUUGUCAUGGGCGCUUCCUGAGGAACAAGCCCUUCCACUACUAAAGGCCGCCUAUGAUCGCGGCCUCAAUACGUGGGACACGGCCAACAUGUACUCCAACGGAGUCAGCGAGGAGAUUGUGGGCAAGGCGCUGCGGGAGUACCAGAUACCGCGCGAAAAGGUCAUUAUCAUGACCAAGUGCUACUGGGGCGUAGGUGAGCAGCCCGAGGUCCGGCACUAUGUCCACCGCGCCGAGUACGAGGCGUCCAAGGACUAUGUCAACCAGUUCCACCUGUCGCGCGCCGCCAUUUUCAACCAGGUCAACGCUUCGCUGCGUCGUCUUGGCACCGACUAUAUCGACCUGCUCCAGAUCCACCGCUUCGACUAUGACACACCGCUCGAGGAGACCAUGAAGGCCCUCCACGAUCUCGUCGAGUCCGGCAAGGUUCGUUACAUUGGCGCGUCAUCCAUGUGGGCCGUCAACUUUGCCCGGCUGCAGUUUACGGCCGAGAAGAAUGGAUGGACAAAAUUCAUCUCCAUGCAGAACCACUACAACCUCUUGUACCGGGAAGAGGAGCGCGAAAUGAACCGCUUCUGCGACGAUACGGGCGUGGGACUCAUUCCCUGGGCGCCACUCUGUCGCGGCCACCUGGCCCGGCCGCCGAGCGACUUUGGCAGCACGGACCGGAGCCGACUGGAAAAGGACGCGGCGCCGGGCUCGCACGGCACCGUCGAGCCCGACUUGACCAUUAUCGGCCGCGUGCAGGAGCUUGCCGAGAAACGCGGCUGGCAGAUGAGCCACGUCGCCCUAGCCUGGAUCAACAAGCGCGUGGCCAGUCCCAUUAUUGGCUUUUCCAGCAUUGCCCGCAUCGAAGAGGCUCUUGCGGCCCGAGGCAAGGUGCUGACCGAGGAAGAGGAAAAGUAUCUCGAGGAGCUGUACAAGCCCAAGGAAAUUGCUGGCCACGCAUGA